AUGAAGGAGUUGAACGAGGAUUCCAGCUCGAUCGCUACGUUGAGGACAAUUCGAUCUAAAUUUCCAUGGCGUACACGCGAGAAAGUUGGCGAACUGAAGGGCAAAAGUGAUUCUAUGUGGACAGUGGACGAGCUGUUGUCAGCUCUCAGCACGGUUAUUGGCAGAUUGCAAGUGGUAGAGGAUUCCGAUCCAGCAGGUCAUCGCGCUUAUAACUCGGAUUCCACAGUUCGUCAGCAUUCUCCAUCCCCGUACAGGUAUCCCGGCACGAGUCAGCCGUACACGAGGUAUCCAUCGUACCAGCAACAACCAGCUUACCCACGUUACGCGCGUAGCUCGCGCUCACCAUCACCAAGAUACCGUGACGUUACUUACAGACCUCCGACUCCGUAUUACCCACGGCGCACAUCUCGUAGCCCUGUCAGACCCCAGUAUACUACAUCAUGGGAGCCUCGUUGUGCCUUCUGUUUCCGUCAAGGACAUCCUUCGGAGUGUUGUAGGACAGUGCCCGACGUGCAACAGAGGAGAGAGCUCGUCAACCAGUACAGACUGUGUUGGCUGUGUCUCGGAGAAGGCCAUACGUUCAACAUCUGCAGAGCCCCUACGUGCAGAUACUGUGGCAGAUUACACCAUCCAGCCUUGUGUGCUACAUUACCAUCUGCGCCCUAUUCGUCGUACCCACCUGCGCAAGUCCAUCAGCGCACUCCUUCACCUAGACGCGUACAGUUUGAGACGACAGCGCACCCUUCACCACCUCGCACCCAAUACGCGAGUCCGCGCACUUCUCCUUCGCGUCGACCUACUCUCAGACCGCCAUCUCCAUCUAGGCGUCAGUCACGUUCCAACUCUAGACGCGCUACUCUUCCUCGAAGAUCUUCAAGCGCGUUUCCCGCUGUGCAAACGUCCACCUGCACUCCAGUCGCGCAUGAUUCCACCCAGUCAGAUGAGCCCAUAGAGUUGCUCGACCAACAUGAAGCUAGCGUAGGGCCACAUUCACCUUCAUCUUGCACUUCUGUGUGCCGAGCUGCUUCCGCAACUCAGGUUCCUCGUCUAAUGGUGGUUCAUGCUAUCACCCGGAAUCUCAAAACUAGUAUGGAUGAACUGCUUACUGUCUUCCUCGAUAGCGGUUCGCAGUAUAGUUUUAUCUGUACCUCGCUGGCCUACCAUCUCGGCCUGACUUUCAAGAAUACAAGGACUGUCACGACUCUGACCUUCGGGGGACACCAGUUCACUGAAGACUCGUCAGAAGUCACACUCACGUUAUGGGACCAGCUCGAUCGUCCAAUUCAACUCCAGCUUUGGACGCGCGAUACCAUCACAACGGUCCCGAAGACGAACAACUUGGAUGAGACGAACAACACCUAUAUGGACGAUAGAGUCGAAGUCGACGUACUCAUUGGAAUAGAUAACUACUGGCGCGUUGUGGACUUGCAUAGGAAUGAGAAGCUUCCAUCAGGUCUCAUUCUGUCCCACACUCGCUUCGGACCAGUUCUAUCAGGUCUUAGUUAUCCAGUAGUAUCGGAGAUCACUAGCUCGGCAACGACUCUACUUAACGAUGACGCGCCAGGAACGAAACAGCUUUUACGAAGUCUCCUCGGCCUAGACACACUCGGAUUAGACGAUUCAGAUGAGAUCAGCGGCUUUCAGUUGAGACUACCUCGUUUUGUAGGAUAUCCUUCUGCCAACGCGUACGACUUUGUCAUCUGUUCAGACGCGUCGAAACGAGUGUAUGCUGUAGCAGUCUAUGUCGUAACGCGCACGUCCACCUAUAGUCCCAGUUCCACUCUACUCUUUGCUAAGGCAAAGUUAGCACCAUCGGGCGCGAUCACCAUCCCGCGCAUGGAACUCUUGGCGUGCCACAUGGCUGCAAAAACAGUACGUUUCCUGAAAAGCCAGCUCAAAAUUCGCUUCAAUUUCAUCAGAUUCCUGACUGAUUCUCAGAUAGUACUGUACUGGAUUUAUUCUAACAAGUUGCUCAAGACUUACGUCGCCAACCGUGUCAAGUACAUCCGACAGGUUCUCGACGAGCUUAAGUCUGACACCAUCGACUGUGGAUUUUAUUAUCUGGCUACUGACGCUAACCCGGCUGACUGCGCCACCCGUGGACUCACAGCUUUAGAGCUUGAGAAUCACAUCUGGUGGAGUGGUCCAUCCUUCAUCACGACUCCGUUUGCUGAUUGGCCGUGCAAGUCCUUCAACACUUCUUCCGAUCCACCUCCAGAAGGAGAUUCUGAAGAACUACGGACGACCACAGCAGUAGUAACUUCAGCCAAUACCAUCAUGGCACCUUACCAGUCCUUUGUACCGUUUAGGCGUACUAACUCCUACAUCCGACUUGUUCGUAUCACAGCCUACGUCCUGAAGUAUGUAGCCAAGCGACGCCGUUUAGUAAGGACGCGCCACAGCGCUGAUGAUUCCGACGAGCAUCCCCUAUUCGGCACAAUAGACGCAAGUCCCACUGUAACACCGGGUGACUUUUCAGCUGCUGAGUUGAUCGUUAUCCACGAGCAUUAUCGCGAGGUUCCUCAGCAGUUACACGGCUCUCAGCUGAAGAAACUCCGCACGAGGCAGGAAGGAGACGGAACAGUACGCGUGGACUUACGUAUGGCGAACGCAGAGACGAGCGGGAGCGAAGAGCCCGAUCCUCGUACUCUCAGGUCAUCCCCUUUGCGCCAUGCUAGUAGCUCAUUAUCAUCAGAAGCUGUUCCACGCUGGUACUUCCCAUUUGAUCGUCGCCUUACGCGAGAGGUUCUACAUCCCCAGGCUUAA